CUUUUGCCUUCUACAGAUGGCGGUUUUCGCAACAUCAUAUUCAGGGACCCAAUACCAAACAUGGUAUUAAAAAAUUACUCCAUUAAAAGUUCAGAGGUACUCAGUGAAGGGAGCUGCAGAGUGAUGUGCUAUAUGGAUCCUAAUUGUGUGUCCAUCAAUAUUGGACCUUUAGACGAAGGAAAACACAAAUGCGAGUUGAACAACGUCACGGAGGAAAACCAUGCCCCAUUUCUACUGGUGUAUAAACCAGGCUACACAUAUCUUGCAAUCGAGGUAACAUUUAUUUUUUUUUCUCCCAGAGGGUUCGGUAACGAAUCCUGCCAUCCGUUUAGUUACUAGUGCUUUCGACAGCGCGGUCCGCAUUUUCCUAUCUCUACUCACGGGCACCGUAACGCUUUCGUAAGUCGUCGAGAACAUCCUUACCUUCUUUGCCGUUUUUAAUUUUAAUGACAUAUUAGAUAGGUUGACAUUAAAAAUCUUUUGUAAUUAUUUUUGAUCUUUCAAAAAAAGUUACUUAGAAAGUUAAAACGUGUGGUAGUUGCUUACAAUUGAAUUAAUCGAUACAAUCUUCAUUCAUAAAAUAUGUGUAGGCCUACGGCCUCGGGUGACACUCAUGCAAGAACCGCACGGUUUUUCUCAAUCCGAAGCUUCCGGCUGGUGAAUAACAUAUUUAUAUUCUCACCAAAUUGAGGGGAUUAAGACAAAGAUGAAGUUGUUUCGUUUUCGAUUAUUCUUGAUUGAGUUGCACGAAGCUCAGCUAUUUUUGCUUUCCUCCUACAGAAUCCCUGCAGCAGCAGUCCAUGUUUGAACAAUGGCACUUGUCAAGCUGGAUUCACCAGCAAAGGUUUUUUUUGUGUCUGUCAGGAUGGAUUCAUUGGGGAAAACUGCCAAAAUUGUACUUGAUAAUGUUCAGUAUAAAGUUAAAUUAGCCAAAGUAAAUGUCGUGUUAGCAAAAGGUAAUCAUUAGCCAAACAUUAUAACCUUAAUGAUGCUAUUUUUUUCGCUGAUUUUCAGUCGCAAGAAAUUGCGCUGAAAUCUACAGAUCCGGCAAAAAGACUGACGGCGUGUACAUAAUUAAACCUUACGAUUUGCCUGCCUUUGAUGUAUUCUGUGACCAAACGACGGAGGGUGGAGGAUGGACUGUGUUCCAGAAGAGACUGGACGGCUCGGUUGAUUUCUACCUUAAAUGGGCCGACUACAAAAGUGGCUUUGGUGACUUGAAUGGUGAAUUUUGGCUUGGACUGGACAAGAUUCACCGCCUGACUUUAGAUAAUAACAGCAUGUUGCGUGUGGACUUGGAAGACUUUGAAGGGGAAACUCGUUAUGCUGAGUAUAACUUGUUUGGUGUUACAAGUGAGAAAGACAAGUACAUGCUGAUCCUCGGUGAUUAUUCAGGUAAUGAAAUAAGUUCCGUAAUCUUUAGAUCAGGCGGAGUGUUGGUGUCAUAAACAGUGAGUAAGUCUCAACACAGUAAGACUUUGAAGGGAAUAAUCUUUCUGCUGAGUAUAACACGUUUGGUGUCAUGAGUGAGAAAGACAAGUUCAGGCUGAUCCUCAGUUUCUAUUCAGUUAAAACUGGGAAGAGGGACAGCGUCAUAAACAAUGUGUUAGUAACCUGUUUGGUAUUAGCAGCUCUCGAUGAAGAAAAAUAUUAAUUACUUCAACAUCACCCGAAUGCAAUUAGGGAGGGUGCAUAUUGUACAUAGAUUUAGUGUAAAGGUAUUCACCGAUAGACUAGAGACAUCCUCUUAGACAAAGGAAAAUAUGGUCAGGCAAGUGAAACAAAAAGCGAGGAUGGAACUUUCUCAGUUAACUGACCCAUCCAUGUUUGAUAAGUAUCGCAUUUCAAAUAGUUGUUUAACCAAACACAACAACAAUCUCAAGUGGUUUCAUGGAAUAAAACUUCGUAUUGACAUUAGUUUGACAAGUAUUGACAUUUUCAUUCAAUACUUAUAUUGCUACAUUGAAUUGUAGGUUUUAUUCAAUACUGUCGAUUUGAAUGUCAUGCGUAACUGUAUGACACGAUUUAAUCCGUUAGGAUCUGCUGGUGAUUCUCUCUCUCAUCAUCGUGAUCGGCCAUGGAGCACACCGGAUCAAGAUAAUGAUGAGUGGAAGAACAACUGUGCAGAGUCGCGUCACGGAGCCUGGUGGUAUGUUAGCUGCUACCACUCUAACCUGAAUGGCAGAUAUCAUCAUAGAGCUGACUCCUUCAAAGCUUAUGGCGUGAUUUGGAGAGGCUGGGGGGGACAACAACACUUGCUGAAGAGGACCGAAAUGAAAUUGAGACCAAUAGAUUUCUGA